GCCGUUAUAGCGCCGAUGACCGGGAGUGGCUUAUCCAGUCCCCAGUACAUAAUUUGGUCGGAGCUUGGAGCCAUGAUCGCCUCCACCUCCUCCUCCUCCCCUUCAGCCCUUCUACUCCUCCGUUCCAACACCACCACCAAACGCCCCCACUCCCUCUCCAUCACUAGCUCUUCAACCUCAUUUCCGCCCACCACCAAUCCCAACCGCUCCCUCCACGUCGUCCGCCGACGAGAGACCUCCGCCGCCCUCGCCGGCGCCGGCUUCCUCCUCUCCCGACUAAUUCUUGAUCCCACCUCCCUCCUCCUUGCUCCUGCCGCAAUCGCCGCCGCCGCCGCUCCUCCCGGCUCCCCGUGCUCGCUCACCGUCGCCCCCUCCGGCCUCGCCUUCUGCGACCGCGUCGUCGGCACCGGCGCCGAGGCCACCAAGGGCCAGCUCAUCAAGGCGAAUUAUGUGGGGAGAUUGGAGAAUGGGAAGGUGUUCGACAGCAGCUAUGACCGUGGCCAGCCGCUUACGUUUCGCGUCGGUGUUGGGGAGGUCAUCAAAGGCUGGGAUCAGGGUAUUUUAGGUGGUGACGGGAUUCCACCUAUGCUUGCUGGUGGUAAGCGCACAUUAAAGCUUCCUCCAGAGUUUGCUUAUGGUAUGAGAGGUGCAGGUUGUAAAGGAGGUUCUUGCAUUAUUCCACCGGAUUCAACUCUUCUUUUUGAUGUCGAAUUCAUUGGCAAGGCAUAAGCUGCUGCAUCCUGGCAUCCUUUAAGUGGAAAGGAACUCCUGCGUAGGCUGACAUCCAUACUGGAAGAGAGUUUGUCUGGAAAAUUACCUUACUUUCAGCAUCUACUCCUUUUUAUACCAGAUAUUAUCACAACUGAUGUUGCCAUCAGCAAAACAUUUAUUACUACUUUGUAAAGAGAUGGUUUUAAAAAGGCAAGCUGUGAAGCUUGUCAGGCCACCAAUAGAGUCACAUUCUUCUUUGUCAGUGAACUCAUAAUUAUUUUUCUUUAGUGAAUGUUUCCUCACUAUGGAAA